GGAGGGUUCGGGGGGCCCGGGGGGCUCAUGGGGACAAUGAGGGGCUCGGCAGUGCCGGGACAAUGGGGGUUCUCCAGUGCGGGGAGCCCGGGGAGCGCUGGGGCCGUGGGGACACUGGGGGGCUCAUGGGGACAACAGGGGGGUCCGGGCCGUGGGGACACGGGGGGCUGUUGGGACUACGGGGCACUUGGAGAGGGCCCAGGGGGGUGCCGUGACCGUGCCCUCAGGGGAACACGGGCCGGCGCAGGAAUUGGGCACCGGCACCCCCGGAGCCCCCGGGAGAACGUGAGAGGGGCACAGGAAUUGGGCAUCAGCAUCAGGCACCGGCACUGGGAGAGCCUGGGGGGCACAGGAGUCGGGACUGGUACCUCCCGACCCCUGGCACAGCCCUGGGGCACACACACUUCUGGUACUGGCAUCGGAACCAGCACCCCCUGCACCCCCAGGAGAACCGGCAGGGCACAGGAACCGGGCACCGGCACCCCCGAACCCCAGGGAGUGGGUGGCACACGGGCACGGGGGUGGCACGGGGGGGGCGGACCGUCGAGCCCCACACUGGGGGGUCUGCGGGGUGCAAAGAAGGGGCCCUCAGCCUCCCGGGAGCCCUGCCAGGGCAGGGGUCCAGCUCCCCGGGGCGGGGGGGCAGUGCCCUGCUUGGUCCUGAUGCCACCACGUCCCCUGGGGGGCUUCUGGCUGCCCAAGGGAACCCCAGGACCCCCACCCGCAUGUCCCGUCCUCCUCCACCCUCCCCGGUGCCCGCGGGCCGGGCACUGCCCGAAAUAAAGGACUGUCCCCCACACUGGGCUGAGCCGUUCUUCGGGGGGGGUCCCCAGCACGACGGGGGUCCCCGGCACCGCACGGCCCCCCAUGGCCCCCCCGGGAAGGCUCCAGCGCGGGGUGGGGGGGGAUUUCACCCCAGACCCCCGAGGCAUCGCUGUGAUGACCCCCCCAGUCCCUUGUGCCAGUGGGGGGCCCUGGGCAGGGGGUGGGGGUCUCCUGCAGUGGGGACACUCCCUGGUGAGGGGCUGGACCCUCAUCCCGGUUCCGUCCAUCGCCGUUCGGAUCCAGGGCUGCCCCAUCCCCUGGAUUGGGCGGGGAUGGGGGGCCGGGCAGUGGUUUUGUCUGUCCCCCGCCACUGCUCGGGACCCCCAUGCCCUGCCCAGAUGCCGCUCCCCCCCGAUCCUCCCCCGUGACCCCAUAACCUUCCCGGGAUCGGUUUAUGGCAUCAUCCCACCCCGGCGGCGGCGGCACUUCCCACCCGCGCCUGCGCUGGCCGCGCCACCGGAGCCUCCGUGGGCCUGGGAACGGGCUGAAUGAGAGGAAACCCCCCCGUGCUGCCACCGGAGACCCCCCGAAACUGAGAGAGACCCACCCCCCAAGCCGAGCGAGCCGCCCCCAGCGCUGCGGGGCGAUGGGCUGAGCGCAUCCCGCACCUCCUCCGCGGGAGCGGCCGGCACAGGCCGGGGCGGGGGCUAAGGGAGACAAAGACCCUCCCCAGAGACCCCCCGGGCCGUGCCGGGGGGGUGACCGGACCCCCCGGCCCUGGGAGGACCCCCCGGUUCGCCCCGAGGAGCUGCAGAGCCGCGACCCCGCUUUGAGGAGCGACCGCGCCGGGAGCAGCAGGUGCCAUGGCGUCGUUCCGGAUCCGUGCGUUCCGGGAGCAGGACUCGGAUGCGGUUCGGGCGCUGUUUGCCCGCGGGAUCCUGGAGCACGCCCCGGCCGGGUUCCGGUACAUGCUGCGCUUGGCGCGGGUGCGGCUGGUGCUGCUCGUGCUGUUUGUGGGCGCUCGGGCGGGCGGCGGGUCCUGGGUGCUGGGCCUGGGCGCCGUGGGGCUGGCGCUGGUGCUGCUCUGGCUGCUCGUGCGCUCCCUCAGUGCCGAGUACGUGCGCGACGCGCUGGGCACCGACCUGUGUGACAUCCCCGGCGCGUACCUGCGGGCGCCCGACUGCGGCUUCUGGGUGGCCGAGGUGGGGGGCUCCGUGGUGGGCAUGGUGGCCGCGGUGCCCUCGCGGGACGUGCCCGGGGCGCUGGAGCUGCGGCGGAUGUCGGUGAGCCGGGAGCAGCGCGGGCGCGGGCUGGCGCGGGCGCUGUGCCGGGAGGUGAUGGCCUUCGCCCGCGCCCGCGGCUUCGGCGCCGUGGUGCUCAGCACCUCCAUGGUGCAGGUGGCGGCGCAGCGGCUCUACGAGGGGCAGGGAUUCCGCAGGGUGGGCGCCUCCAGCCCCUCCCUGCUGGGCACCAUCCUGCACUUCCAGAUCUUCCACUACCGCUGCGACCUGGGCGCCCGCGACGGCGCCAAGGCCGAGUAGCGCCGGUGGGACACCGCGGGCACGGGGGGCACUGCCGUGGCACAGGGGUCCUGGGACGUGUGGCACUGCCGUGGCACCCCAAACCUGGCACACGAGGCGCUCCCUGGGACACGAGGCACUGCCCUGGCACGGCAGCACCAACAUGGCACCACAACCCCGGCACCUGUGGCGCUGCCGUGGCACCCAAACUCCAGCCCCAGCACACGAGGCACAGCUGUGGCGCCCGAGCCCAGGACGUGGGGCUCCACCACAGCACUACCCGAGCAUCUCAAACUUGGCACAUGAGGCACUUCCAUGGCACCCCAAAUUUGGCACAUGAGGCACUUCCACGGCACCCCAAAUUUGGCACACGAGGCACUGCCACGGCACCCCAACUCUGGGACAUGAAGCUCCACCAUGGCACCACCACAGCACCCCAAACUCAGGACAGAAGGCACUGCCAUGGCACCCCAACUCCAGCCCCAGCACAGCAACACCAACAUGUGCCCCCAGGAUGUGAGGCACUGCCAUGGCUCCCCGACCCUGGCCCCUGUGGCACUGCCAGGGCACCCAAACCCAGCCCCAGCAUGUGAAGUGCUGCCACGGCACCGCAGCUCCAGGACGUGAGGCACCACCACGGCACUCCAGGCUCGGCACACAAAGCACUACCACAGCACCCCAACCCUGGCACACGUGGCACUGCUGUGGCACCCGAACUGCAGCCUCAGCACAGCAGCACUGACUGUGCCGUCACUGUGACCCCGGGACAUGAGGCACUGCCACGACACCCCAGCCUGGGGCACACGGCACUGCCGUGGCACCUGACCCUGGCACAGGAGGCACCACCGGGCACCCAAACCCCAGCCCUGGCACAAGAGACGCUGCCACAGCACCCCAGCCCUGGCACCCUUGGCACAGCUCUGGCACCCCUGACCCCAACCUUGGCACUCCAGACCCCGGCCCUGGCACACUGCCCUGGUACCCUGCCCUGGCCCUGGCACAUACGUGUGGGUUGGCUGUGGGGCGUUGGCGGUGCCCAGAUGCGCUGCCAGGGCCUUUCCUGGAUUUCUGGCAGCGGGAAAUAAAGAGAGACCUGUGGGAACA